AUGGAUUCAGAAGAAACAUCGAGCACACACACUUUACAUUUUAUAGAAGAAAGCAGGCUUAGCGAGCAGAUUGAAAAGGCUGCAGGAGAAAAAAAAAGAGUUCUGGUGAGAUAUAGAGAAGAUGCCCUUCCACUGAUUAAUACGGAAGGACUGGAUGUAGCGCUGCUGGAAAAAGAAGACAGAAAGAAAUUUAGCAAUACAUUUCUGGUGGAUGUCUGCACAAUGCUAAGCAAGGAGUACGAUUGUAUUUUUAUUGCUGCAGAGCUAGAAGAUGAAUACACUUCUUUUUUUGAGGUUUUUAUGGACAAGUACUGCCAGGGUAGAAAUACUCGUAUAUACUGUGGGUGUAAAGAAAAAUAG